AUGAUAAUGAAGUCGCACCGCUUAUUUGUGGGGAACAUCCCGGCCGGCGUAAGUGAAAAGGAGUUAAGUGACGAGUUCAGUGCGUACGGUGUCGUUGAAUCUGUGGAAAUCAAAAGCAAACCGAACGCUCUAAGCGGCGCUGUCGACACGUUUGGCUUUCUAUCACUCAGCACGGACGACAAAAUCGUGUCACAGUGCAUCAAAGAGUUUCGUGAGCAGCAGUACAGGGGUGUGUAUCUGAAUGUUUCGAAAGCGAAAGAAUCGUUUCUGGAUCGACUGAAGCGCGAAAGGGAAGAAGCGGAGUCACAGAAGCAGAAUGCGCUCUCCCUCGAUCCUUACCGAAAAGAGGCCGAAGACGAUCAGCGACACACUGCACCCACCACCGUGCAACUCCCCACGCUGCCCAGUUUGGGGAAGGAUGAUGAAGUCAGUUCCUCCGAAAGUUCGGAAGAUUCUGCGAGUGAGGAGGAAGGUCGCGAACCGGUCAGGAAAGCACCGGCCGCUUCCAAAACGCCACAAGAGGAGCUGGUGAAAAAGUGGAACCAAGAAACGUACAUCGAGCAUGGAAAGCUAAAAAUUAUACCGAUUACGGGCCAAGUGACAGAAGUGAUCGAUCGUACGAAGCCACACCAGCGAUCGGAGGGCAAGCAGCUCAGUGAGCAGGCGCGCAUAGCGGACGAAAAGCGAAAGCAAGGUCUGACGAAGUUGAAUUCCGCCUACGAACAGCAACAGCUCGCGAUCAAAAGUGCCCUGUCGAAGACUGGUUCCGGAAGCAAUCGGAAGAUCGCGUUUGAUGACGAUGAAGAAGGCGGCGAGCGGCAGUCAGGGACCAAGCGGAAGUUGUCUCUCUUCGGUACAGCUGCAGAGGAAGAUGACGAUGGGUUCGAGGGGAAUUUCAAAGUCCGGAAACAGUUAUCCGGAUCGGAGGGAAAGGAACUGUACGAAAUGCAGACAUCCUUUCAGGCGGACAAUCGUUUUCGGCUAGAUGAUCGCUUUCUGGAGCGUAACGGAAACGAGGCGAGCAGUAGAAAUACAUCCAAGGACAAAGCGGCGGACAAGGAGCGACUGAAACAGUUGGAAAUCUUGUCGAACGUAACGGGCAAACCGGUCGCAAGUGAAAAACGGAACGAACGCCAUAAUAAACUUCCACAGAUGCAACGCUUUGAUCCGUCGCAAAAGAGGGGAGACCCUACGGAAAAGAACCGACUGCCGGCGUCCGAGACUGAGAAAGUGGAUCCUCUCGAGACGGACUACAAAGUGAGCGAUGAAAAGUUUUACACCGUAUCGGAUGGCUUGGCCGGCUUGCUGGCUGCUUCAUCGGACAAGAAGGAACGCAACGAGGGAUUCAGCCUCCGAACGAUGUUCGGCAGGGAUUCGGGGCCGGCGGAUGAGACCACUGAGGGUGGCCAGCGGUUCCAGCGAACCGAGCCGAAGGACAGCGAGCGACCCAAGGAUAGUGGGGCACGGUUCAAGCACGAAUCAUCGGAAAGCGAGGAGGAGCCAGAGGCGAGUGAACCGAUUCGAAAGGACCCUAAGGGGCGGAACCGACGAGAAGUAGACGACACUGACCAGCGGAAGGCGGGAUACUACGCCAGACAGGGCAUUUGGAAGGAGAAGUUUUUCUUUCUUCCCAACGAUUCCCGGUUCGAUGAAGGUCGUCAGUUCUUUGCGCUCGAUACCAGCGCUUCGUGCAACGAGCGGCCGGUCGAAGGACAACCCGACGGAGCUGAGAAUGAAGGUAGCACGAGGCAGCAAAUUUCUAAAAUCUACAAAAAACGUCGACAGCGUGAGGGUAAAACAAUGAAAAUGAAAUCCAAACUAGGCAUUCGAGUGGCGAAAGAUCGAAAGAAUGCAAAAAAGUGA